AUGACAAUGACAAAGAGCUACAACAGCAAGAGUGACAGUGGCCGUAGCGAUAAGAAUGACAAUCGCUUAAACUUUGCUCAGAAAGUCGCCAUCGAAGUCAAAAGUCGCGUAGUUGCAAUACAGGGUCGUCGUGCUUCUCUAUCUCAACAAUCCUGGACGCGAAUGGGAUCUUAAUAAGUUCUGUUAUUUUAGUCUGUUCAUUAGACAAAACCACAUUAUUCAUUGUUUGAUCAGUGAGCUCUGAUUCACAAAUAUUAUUUUACCAUUUAAGUCAGUAUUUGUUUGUUAUUUUGUUGCCAGACUGUGGUUCAGUGGUGAAUAACACUUUGAAAAGUCCAAAUUAUCCUGAAGGCUAUCCAGACAAUAUGGAGUGUGAAUUUAAAGUUCCUAUUCCAUCUGGAUUUAGAUUGAAAAUCACGUUUGAGUACAUGAUGUUGCCUGAUCUAAGGAAUCAUUAUCAGUGCGUGUAAGUGAGGAAUGACUGUUAUCCUUCAUGGGUAUUUUAAGUUAGAAGAAAGAAUGAAUGUUGGGUUCAAGCUUGAUGUUAACAGCGAAAAACGGUAAAGAUGAGUUAUGUUCAUUUACAUAUUCACUUUCCUUCUGAUCCUUCAUUCAGCUGCGUGAGAAAAUAGCGAAAAUUUAUUUUGUUACAAACUGACGAGGGCAGGCAGCAAAAAGGUACCUCACUUCAUUAAACGUGCUGUUUUAAUUUUUAUCUUGACAAAUUAUCUAAAGCCGUCCAAACAAAAUUCCGGUCUAUUCCCACUUGCUUUCCUGUAAUCAAAUCGUCUUGCUCCUUCAAAAUUCUUCCGAUCUAUUCUUCCGGAUUGAAAAAAAAACUACAUGAGUUCAGUUGGCAAAAUUGGCUUUCGAUUCUUCCGUCACUGAUUGUUCGAGUCCAAAGUAAUUGAUCAUGGAGUCAAAAACGCGCAAGUGAAGCAAACUUUCGAAUAUGACUUGUAGAAAUAUAUCCACCCAUUCGCCAACUAUUAUUUGCAAUGCAGUGAUGUAUGUUAUUUUAGAUUUAUUUUUUAUUUGUUUUCCAAAGGGAUGACUAUUUGACGUUCCGUGGCGACAGAAAACAAAAUUUUGGGAAAUACUGUGGUUCAACGACAGGCGGAACUUUUAUGAUAACUGGCAACUACACGUUGAUAAACUUUCAUUCUGGAAAUAGUUCUAACAUGAAAAGGAUAGGAUUCAUGUUACGCUUUGAAGCUGUUGAUCAACCCGGUAAUGUAUCUCAAUUUCCAGUCUCCCAGAAUAUAGUUCAGUUUAAAAGGAAAGCAAAGAAUUCUCUUCAAAUAUAGCGCCCGGAAAUUGAGUAUUCACGAGCGAAGAUCUCAACGAUUAAUCUCAACUAUUAGAAUAAUGGCCUUGCGAUAAACAUCAUAUAAAUCUCGUCAAUUGUGCGAUUACUUUUACACAGUAUUAUUUAAUACAUGUUGCUUUUUUCUCAGUAUAGACGAUGAUUGGUACAGUUUCCGCUAAAGACUGAACAAUCCUAAACUUGACUUGUUUUACUUUUGUUAGUUCAACCAAGUAUCUGCCCGAUUGGUUGGUAUCAUCAACAUGGUUCAUCCUGCUAUAAAUUCAGUUUUGAGUAUCUGACUUGGCAUCAAGCUAGCAGACACUGUCAAAGUCUCGGAGGAUAUUUGGUGAAGAUCGAUGAUGACAAAGAGCAGUCUUAUAUUACGGAUAAAAUAAAAGAAAUUCAACUCGCACAGGUUCGUGAUGUAAAGAGGAAUGACGAAAACGUGUCCAUACCAGUCGCUAGGUACAAUAAUCUCAUAAAUCAUUAAAAGCAACAUGCGACAGUCUGCGACCUUUUCCCACAUCUAGGUAGUAUGGAAAGCUGCAAAAAAAUCUGGAAAUAAUAUCUUUCAAAUCGGUAUCGACAAACGCUUUUUACUAUAUAGAUACCCAUGAAAUACCAGGAUUUUCCCUUUUACUAAAAAAUCGUAUCUUCAUCGCGCCCGGUGAAGAUACUAUUUUUAUCUUUCACGAGUGAGGAUAUUGGUGUCGACAUGAUUACUAACAUGAUUAGCCAAUUACAAAGGAGCUUCCCGCCCAGGCGCGCGGCCGGUCUUUUGAAAUUCCAUUCACAAAAUGGCUUCGAGGUGCGAAGACGGUACUGUAACCGGUGACUUUGUCGAUGAGCUGCCAAAUUUUCACAUCGAUCCUUUUUCCGAGCUUGAAGAACAUUCAGGAAGAUUUGCCGAAGUCUCGGAAAGUGAUGUUGAAAAAUUCAUAGAAGGGGAAGAAAAUGCAAACACUAAAAGUAAGACAUUCUACGACUUAAAAUUAUGUCUCCGUUAUAACUCUAUAUCCAAGUUUCAUAACAUUUUGUAAGAGGCAUUUUGCAGUAGGUGGUGGUACUCAACCAAAAUAUGAGUUCAGCAGUGCUAAUUUAUUGUUUUUAUCAUCUAAAGUUAAUAUAAACAUAAUUCUAAGACCGAAAGAGGUGAAGCUCUACACUUCUUUAAAGUGAUCAUUAUUGAUGUAUUCAUCUAAUUUUUCAGUGACAAUCUCUCACUUUAGGCUGUUUGGAUUGGACUACACGAUCCUGACAAGGAUAAUAACUUUAAAUGGGUGUAUGACGAUACUCCUCCUCGUUACUCCAACUGGAAUAGGGACGAGCCUAAUAAUAAAGCGGUAUGAGGCGAACAUUCUUUCAUUUUUGUCAUAUAGUUGUUUAGUUUGGGGCAAGACUUGCUAUCAUAUCUUUAGACCCCUCCAUAUUUUUAUGUGCGUACAUACUUGCCUUUGAUUUUAUCAUGUCCAACUUCAAGCCUUUGGUUCAUGAACAAGCUCAAAUUUGGAAAAUGUUCCAUCAUCUUUGACACACUUUUAGAUAAAAUCCCAUGGAAGCACAAUGUUUUAAAAGAGAUCUGCCUGUUACCAAAUUAUGGCAAAUUUAUGUUCGAUAUAAUGGGCCGAAAUUGCUGAAUGAGAUAGACUAAAUAUUCAAAAUUGUCACAGAGUCUUCAUGCAAAAAAUAAUUAACUAUUGUAUUUUACUAAUUUCUAUCAAGAGAAAAGUGCCAUUACUUUCUCUUGUUUCUACUAUUUUUUCAUUUAUUGGUACAAAUCGCUACCUCAUAUUGUUAUUCAUUCAAUCAUUUGUUUAUCUAUUUGAUAAUAUAUUUGUUAUACUUAGCUUAUCAUUUCAUAAUUUGUAAUGUGUUUGAGUUAUCCUUAAAUCGUGUGUACUGUCAGUAGAAGUCUUAAUAAAGAUAAACGCAUAAAUGAUUUAGCUCAAUACCCCUAUGAAUGAUGGUCACCGAACCGGUUUAAUCCUUAAGUUAUUUUCGGUGAGCAGGGCUAGCUACUUUCUGUAACUUAAACUUCCAUAAAUAAGAUGAUUUAUAAAUGUAAUUGUACAGUCCGACUGUGCACGGGCCUAUGGGAUUUGGUUUGACUUGAAUGGCGCACCCUUUCCAGCUGGGAAAUGGAAUGACGUAUCGUGUAGUGACAAGACAUUCUCCAUUUGUGAGAAAAACGGUAAGUGGAUCACUGGCCAGUUAAUUGAACGUUUUUACAUAACGUCACGGCCAAAUUGGUUAUCACAACAAGAGACGGCAACGUGAAUGCCCAAAUCAGUCCUGUUGGAUUUAAACUCUUUUCUACGUUAAUUUUUUUCUUUUGUUCCAAUAUAUUUACAUUGUUGCGCACCAUAAUGUUAAGAUAACUUCGUUUCUUUUGUUGCUGCUGUUGUUGUUUUAUUCAGCCGACUGUGGUUCAGUGGUGAAUAAUACUUUGAAAAGUCCACACUAUCCUGAAGGCUAUCCACACAAAAUGGAGUGCAAUUAUUCAGUUCCUAUUCCAGCUGGCACGAGAAUGAAAAUAAAGUUUCAAUACUUUCAGAUGCCUGACCCAUAUCCUGUUGGUAAUGAGUUACAGUGCUUGUGAGUAAGGAUUGAUUAUAAACACAUAUGCUUACAGCAGGCGGAAUAACAGAAUUAGGUCCUAUAAACUCUUUCAUUACCUCUAAAAAGAAUGUUUUUUCCAAUAGAGGAAAGAUCGAUCGUAGUAGUUGUGUACAGAAUUGAAUACCUGUUUAGCCUUUUACCUAGUAAUUUUAUCCAUGACUUUCCCUUAGUUACAGUGCAGCAUGAUCUCUCACUUCAAUGCUUUUUAGUGGGAAGACGGGCUUUUAUUUCAGUCAAUUUUUCCUUUAUUUCCUGAAGAAAAGGUUGUAUAUGAAUUUGCUUUCGAAAAGUCCAGUAGAUGAUGUUUUUAGUUUCAGAUUAUUUUUCCCUUCAGUAUUUUCCUGAAGAAAAGGUUGUAUAUGAAUUUGCUUUCGAAAAGUCCAGUAGAUGAUGUUUUUAGUUUCAGAUCAUUUUUCCCUUCAGUAUCAGAAUUAUUAUUAUAUUUUGUACUAAAAGAAACGACCAUCUGAAGAUUCUGAACGAACAGCAUGAAUAUUUUGGAAGUUAUUGUGGCAAAGCGACUGGAGAAACCAUUUUUGUAACUGGAAAUAGCGUGGUGAUAAAAUUUGAGUCUCGUGAAAAUUUUACCAGCCGGGAGCGAGGAUUCUCUUUGUAUUCCGAGGCUGCUGAUCUACCUGGUAAGAAAAAAUGA